CAGCAACUGCGCGCAACGUGGGGAAGGCGAGCGCACCUAAAAUGGCGGCCGGCAGCCCCGCCUCCCGCGGCGCCUGGGGCGGGGCGGGCACGGCUGCGGCGGUGGUGGUGGAGGUUUGUUCGGCCUCUUUGCUAGACUGUCUAAAUAAGGGAAAAUCAGUUUCUUAAUAUGAAGAAAAGCAGAGGCCGGACAAGUCGAAAGAGAAGAAGAAAACACUUGCAGAGAUUUAUGUAUGGAGUCAACUGCAGUCACAAGCUGGAAUACAUUAAACUUAAGAAGUGGCUCAAAGAAAGAGGAUUUGGAGAUAGUAGUUUAAGGCCAGCACAGUUCUGGGGUACAGGAAGAGGUCUGAUGACAACAAAAGCUCUUCGGGCAGGAGAACUGGUUAUUUCAUUGCCUGAAAAAUGCUUAGUCACCACCAGCACUGUCCUUAACAGCUGUUUAGGAGAAUACAUUAUGAAAUGGAAGCCUCCUGUAUCUCCUUUGAUAGCACUGUGCACAUUUUUAAUAGUAGAGAAGCACGCUGGUGAGAAAUCUCUGUGGAAACCAUAUCUUGAUGUUUUACCGAAGACGUACACUUGCCCAGUUUGUUUGAAGCAAGAUGUAGUACAACUUUUUCCUGAACCUUUAAGAAAGCAAGCUCAGGAGCAAAGAACAACGGUCCAUGAGUUGUACGUGUCUUCCAAGGCUUUUUUCUCUUCCCUGCAGUCUUUGUUUGCUGAGAGCACAGCAACUAUUUUUAACUACAGUGCCCUAGAGUGGGCUUGGUGCACUAUUAAUACCAGAACAAUAUACAUGAAACAUUCCCAGAGGGAAUGCUUUUCUCUUGAGCCAGAUGUUUAUGCAUUGGCACCAUAUUUAGAUUUGCUAAACCACAAUCCAAAUGUUCAGGUAAAGGCUGCAUUUAAUGAACAGACAAGAAGCUAUGAAAUUCAGACAAAUUCACAGUGCAAGAAGUAUGAAGAAGUAUUUAUCUGCUACGGGCCUCAUGAUAAUCAGCGACUGCUACUAGAAUAUGGAUUUGUUGCCACUGAUAACCCUCAUAGCAGUGUUUAUGUCUCAUCAGAUACUCUCCUAAAAUAUUUUCCACCGCUGGACAAGCAGAGAAAUGCAAAACUUUCCAUUCUGAAGGACCGUGGUUUAUUAGAAAACUUGACCUUCGGAUGGGAUGGACCAUCUUGGAGACUUCUUACAGCCCUCAAGGUGUUAAGUCUUGGAGAAGAUGAAUUUACUUGCUGGAGAAGAACACUACUUGGUGAUGUAAUUUCAGCCAGAAAUGAAGAGCAGGCUUUGAAUAUAACGACAAAAAUAUGCCAUUUUUUAAUAGAGGAGACACAGCAUGUCCUUCUGCAGAUUUCCCAGAUGAAGAGGGACAGAGAGAACCUCAAAAAGCAGCUGACUUUGGUAGAAGCACUGCGCUUGGAAGAUCUGAAAAUACUACAAAAAUCAGCAGAGAUUCUUUGCAACUUGAAUGUGACAACAGUUUGACCCAUCUGGAGCUGUGCUAACUGUGGCUGACUGGAUCUCAUUUGUUAUGGACUUGCCUUUAUCAACUGUUUUAAGAGACCUGAGCAGCAAAGAGCAAUGUAAAAGUGAUCAUAAAAUGCCCGGCUUUGUUUAAAGGAUCACAUGGGCACCAAGGGCUUAUUUUGUUCUUUGCUGAUCUUCAGCAGUACAAAAGGUUAGCUCAAAGGGUAGGGAGGAGCACAGGCAGCUUUGAUUGUGUCUUGUCCAAAUUGUGAUUACUAUCAGCAAAACAGCUUCUUGGGUAAUUGGAGCAGCUCUAGGACUGGGGGCUCCAGCAGUCAUACCCUCUGAUCCAUGCCUGUGGGGCAAAGGCAUGGAUCAGAGGGUCAGGCAGGCACUCCCCAGCAUGUAUUUUGAGUUCUGGCACUUGACAGAGAGGGAAAGAAGGGAGCUACUUGUAUUUACCCGGAACUAAUUCUUUACCUUUUCCCUGAGAUAUGUGCAUGUGCCCAAGAAUUAGUAGUUCACGUAGUGUCAAUUCAUUAUGGGAGCAAUAAAUGUGGACUAGAGCAGAGAUCACAAUCAGCCCUUUUGUGACUGACCCCAGAUUGUUACCUGCACAGUUUCAGUUCAUGUUUCUUGAACUUAAGGAAGUGAGAAUUUCUUUCCCUUACUCUCAGUGCUUCCUCCAGACUUGCUAGUAUGUGUUCUGACUCCUCCUGCUGGAAAUGAGAACGGAAAGGAUGCAUCAGUUUGAAUUCUGUUUCUUAUUUGGAAGCCCACCCAGACAUUUCAUUCCAUUUUUGGUCAUUUCUGGUGAUGACACUGACAAAUGUUUUAAUCUUGCCUUCAAGGGGAUAUUCUCAUGAGCUACCUUUCAUUAUUAUUUCUACCUAAAUAGGGAGCUCAAGGUCCCUAUGUAGUUUAGGAGAAGAAGGAAGCUUCUUAGGGUGUUUCCAAGUAGGACCCAUGUCUAAGCUUUAUAAACUUUGUAAUUAUUGUUGUGUUGUGAUAAUUUCCCACUGUGUGGGGAAUCGCAUUUUGUAGUUUUUCAUUAAUACUUUUAGGCUUUGUUAAGAAUUGUGCUUUUAAAUAAUGUUUAUUUUUGUAAUUACAUGGGUUAAUUUUCUACAAGACUGUUAUCUAUUUUUUUAAAUAAAUGUAAUAACAUACAGCAAAGGCAUUCUAGCUAAUACCAAGGGGUAUAAAACCAGGAUCCAAGGGGAUCUGGCAGUGCAAGAUAGUAGGCAGCCUGAAUUGCUUGUCUGUCUCUUGGAUGUAAACACUGCAGUAAGCCCCCAGCUUUACCUUAAGCAUUGUAGCAAGUGUUCUGAGUAGAACCAUGUGUGUUUAAUGUCAAAGACAAACUCCUGCCCAAAUAAAUUAUGGAAUUGGGACUAGCACUUUUGUAAAGCAUCAGUAGCAGUGCAUUUUUAACAUGAAUAAACUGGCACAGCAUAGGUAA